AUGACCAGGAAGAGGAUAUACUGGGUCCCCAGGUCUUCUGGUGGCCUCGUGAAUCUUGGCAUGGACAUGAGCAAUGACAUGGUUUCAGGACUCAGCUAUAAAACUUACACCCUAGAAGACAGCCCCUGGAGCCAGCAGGUGAGGAAGCCUGAGACACGAGGGACAGCAACAGAGCUCCAUUGGGGGAAGUAUGAUGCUGCCUGGAGAACCAUGAUUCCCUUCCGUCCCAAGCCACAGUUUCCUGCCCCUCAGCCAAUGGAUGAUGCUGGCCUCUUCUCCUACUUCACGUUGUCAUGGCUCACCCCACUCAUGGUCCUAGGUUUGCAGAGACGCUUAGAUGAGAACACCAUCCCCCAGCUGUCGGUCCAUGAUGCCUCAGACAAAAAUGCUAAAAGGCUCUGCCUCCUUUGGGAAGAAGAAGUCUCAAAGCAUGGGAUUGAAAAAGCUUCAGUGCUCCGAGUGAUGAUGAGGUUUCAAAGAACAAGGGCUAUUUUGGAUGUAUUUCUGUGUUGCUGCUUCUCUGCCAUGAGCGUGCUAGGGCCGAUGCUGGUUAUACCAAAGAUCUUGGAAUAUUCUGAAAAGCAGUCGGGGAGUAUUGCCUAUGGAGUAGGCCUCUGCUUUGCCCUCUUUCUCAUUGAGUGCAUGAAGUCCCUGUGUCUGUGUUCCUGCUGGGUCUUCAACCAGCGCACAGGCAUCAGGUUUCGUUCUGCUGUUUUCUCCUUUGCCUUUCAGAAACUAAUGCAAUUUAAGUCUCUAACACACGUCACCACAGGAGAGGCCAUCGGUUUCUUCGCCAGCGACGUAAACUACCUGUUUGAAGGGGUGUACUAUGGCCCCCUGAUCUGUCUCAUCUGCUCGUUGCUGAUUGCGUGCACUGUCACCUCCUACCUCAUUCUUGGACCCACUACACUCUCCGCCACUGUUUUCUACCUCCUGAUUUUACUAGUGGAGGUGUUCCUGAACAGAAAGAUUGUCAAGAUACACAAUCACACAUCUGAGGUCAGUGACCAGCGCAUCUGUGUGAUCAGUGAAGUUCUCACCUGCAUCAAGCUGAUUAAAAUGUAUGCAUGGGAGAAACCAUUUGAAAAAAUAAUUAAAGACCUCAGAAGGAAGGAAAGGAAACUAUUGGAGAAGUCUGGGGUCAUCCAGAGCCUGACCACUGCAGCCUUGUAUGUAGCCCCUACAGCGGCCACAACAGUGAUGUUCCUCAUCCACACGUGUUUACAAAGGAAACUCACAAUUUCACUAGCCUUCACAGUGAUAGCCACCAUGAAUCCCAUGCGGCUCUCAGUGUUCUUUUUGCCCUUUGCAAUAAAAGGUCUCGCAAAUUCCAAGUCUGCAGCAGAGAGAUUCAAGAAAUUUUUCCUCCUGGAGAGCCCUGUUUUAUAUGUCCAGCCAUUGAAAGACCCCAGCAAUGCACUGGUUUUGGAGGAGGCCACCUUGUCAUGGCGAGACGCCUGCCCUGGGAUUGUCAAUGGAGCCUUGGAGCCGGAGAAGAAGGGGCACAUUCCCGAGGGGGUGACCAGGGCUCAGCCACCUCUAGGAGCCCUCAGGCUAGAGGACACAAAGGGCAGCCUAGCCCCAGAGUUGCACAAGUUAAACCUCGUGGUGUCAAAGGGGACCUUGUUGGGGGUCUGUGGCAACACUGGAAGUGGCAAGAGCAGCCUUUUGUCAGCCAUCCUGGGGGAGAUGCACUUGCUGGAGGGCUCAGUAGGGGUGCAUGGAAGCCUGGCUUAUGUCCCCCAGCAGGCCUGGAUCAUCAGGGCUAGCGUCAGGGAGAACAUCCUCAUGGGAGGCCAGUACGACAAGGCCCGGUACCUCCAGGUGCUCCAUUGCUGCUCCCUGAACCGGGACCUGGAAAUUCUGCCCUUUGGAGACAUGACAGAGAUUGGGGAGCGGGGCCUCAACCUCUCUGGGGGGCAGAAGCAGAGGAUCAGCCUGGCCCGCGCUGUCUACUCUGACCACGAGCUCUAUCUGCUGGACGACCCUCUAUCUGCUGUGGACACACACGUGGGGAAGCACAUCUUUGAGGAGUGCAUUAAAAAGAUGCUUAGGGGGAAGACUGUCAUUCUGGUGACCCACCAGCUGCAGUAUUUAGCAUUUUGUGACCAGAUCAUUUUGCUAGAAGAUGGGAAAAUCUGUGAAAAAGGAAUUCAUAGUGAAUUAAUACAGAAAAAGGGACGAUACGCCCAACUCAUCCAGAACAUGCAGGGAGAAGCCACACAGGACCCACUGCAGGACACAGCAAAGACAGCAGAAGACUCUCAGGUGCAAGGGCAAGCCCAGACCACCUUCCAGGAAGAGUCUGUCCAUGAAAAUGCUGUGCUGGAAAAUCAGCUCACAAGGAAGGAGAAGAUGAAAGAAGGGUCCCUGAGAUGGAGUGUCUACCACCACUAUAUCCAGGCAACUGGAGGUUACAUGGCCUCUGCCAUUGUUGUCUUUCUCAUGAUGGGGAUUGUCUUCUUCACAGUCUUCAACUUCUGGUGGCUGAGCUAUUGGUUGCAGCAGGGCUCAGGGACCAAUAGCAGCCAAGAGAGCAAUGGAACAACAGCAGACCCAGGCGACAUACUGGACAACCCUCAGCUGCCAAUUUACCACCUGGUGUAUGGCCUCAGUGUGCUGUUGCUAAUCUGCACGGGUCUCUGCUUCUCGAAGGCCUUCACCAAACUCACGAGGAAAGCAUCCACCGCCCUGCACAGCAAACUCCUUAGCAAGGUUUUAUGCUGCCCCAUGAGCUUCUUUGACACAACCCCAACAGGCCGACUCCUGAACUGCUUUGCAGGGGACUUGGAUCAGCUGGACCAGUUAUUGCCCGUUGUUGCUGAAGAAUUCUUAGUCCUGUUUUUGAUGGUGGUCGCCAUCUUGUUGGUUGUCAGUGUGCUGUCUCCAUAUAUCCUGCUGAUGGGAAUCAUAUUAGUUACUGUUUGCCUUAUUUAUUAUAUGAAGUUUAAGAUGGCCAUCAACAUGUUCAAGAGACUGGAGAACUAUAGCCGCUCCCCUCUGCUCUCCCAUAUCCUCACUGCUCUGCAGGGCCUGAGCUCCAUCCAUGUCUAUGGAAAAACUGAAGACUUCAUCAGCAAGUUUAAGAGGCUGAGUGAUAUACAAAAUAACUACAUGCUGAUGUUCCUGUCUUCCUCGAGAUGGAUAGCACUGAGGCUGGAGACCAUGACCAACCUGCUGACCUUGACUGUGGCCUUGUUUGUGGCUUUUGGCAUUUCCUCUGCCCCAUAUUCCUAUAAAGCUAUGGCUAUUAGCCUCAUCCUGCAGCUGGCAUCCAACUUCCAGGCCACUGCCCGGGUUGGUUCAGAGACAGAGGCGUACUUCACUUCCGCAGAGAGGAUGCUGCAGUACAUGAAGAUGUGUGUCCCUGAGGCUCCUUUGCACAUAGAAGGCAUGAGCUGUCCCCCUGGAUGGCCACAGCAUGGAGAAAUCACAUUCCAGGAUUAUCAGAUGAAAUACAGAGACAACACACCCAUUAUCCUCAAUGGCAUCAACCUGACAAUUCAUGGCCAAGAAGUGGUGGGCAUCGUGGGAAGGACAGGCUCUGGGAAGUCCUCCUUGGGAGUGGCUCUCUUCCGCCUGGUGGAGCCUGCAGCAGGCCGGAUUCUCAUAGAUGGUGUGGACAUCAGCAGUAUUGCCCUGGAGGACCUGCGGUCCAGGUUCUCAGUUGUCCCUCAAGAUCCUGUCCUGCUUUCAGGAACCAUCAGAUUCAACCUAGACCCCUUUGACCGCUACACAGAUGAGCAGAUAUGGGAUGUCUUGGAGAGGACAUUCCUGAGCAUGACAAUCUCAAAGUUACCCCAAGGACUGCAAGCAGAAGUUGUGGAAAGUGGCAGAAACUUCUCUGUGGGGGAGAGGCAGCUGCUCUGCAUUGCAAGAGCACUCCUUCGCAACUCCAAGAUCAUCCUUAUUGAUGAAGCCACAGCCUCCAUUGAUGUGGAAACCGAUACCCUGAUCCAGCACACAAUCCGUGAAGCCUUCCAGGGCUGCACAGUGCUGGUCAUUGCACACCGCAUCACCACUGUGCUCAAUUGUGACCGCAUCCUGGUCAUGAGCAACGGGAAGGUUGUAGAGUUUGACAGGCCUGAGGUCCUGCAGCAGAAGCCUGGGUCUGUGUUUGCUUCCCUGUUGGCAACAGCCAAUUCUUCACUGAGCUAA